CGGCUAGCAUGUGCCAAAAUUCAACAAAACAUGCAGAAAACCAAAGAAUUAUCUUGUGCAGAAGUCAUUCAUGUCGGCGUAUUUUUUUCUGACCCAUAAAAUUCAAAGUAGUAUCUUGUGGCGUACUUAAUCUGACCCAUAAAUAGCAGUUGUUGUACUACGCUUAAUGAUACUUACAACAAAACCACGGUUUCUCACAAACACUAGUUCUGUGUAAGCCCAGUUGUUUUUCUCCGAAAUUGCUAGGAUGAUUUGGAUAGCAGCUUUUUUAGUUUCUCUUGCUUUUCUGUGGUUAUGGAUAAGCAACAAGAAUGCAAAGAAAUUACCACCUGGUCCCAUAGGGUUGCCAAUUUUGGGAAGCCUUCACAAGUUGGGUGCAAAUCCUCAUCGUGGCCUGCACCAACUAGCCCAAAAAUAUGGACCUAUCAUGCACUUACGCUUAGGUUUUGUGCCCACCAUAGUUAUUUCUUCCCCCCAAGCUGCUGAACUGUUCCUCAAGACCCAUGACCUUGUCUUUGCUAGUAGACCACCCCAUGAAGCUAUAAAGUACAUUGCUUGGGAGCAGAGGAACUUGGGAUUUGCUGAAUAUGGUUCUUACUGGCGCAACAUGCGCAAGAUGUGCACAUUGGAAUUGCUUAGCCAAACCAAAAUUAACUCCUUCAGAAUCGUGAGAGAAGAAGAACUUGACCUAUCCAUCAAGCUUCUAAGAGAGGCAUCCAAUGAUGGAGCUGCUGCUGUUGAUAUCAGUGCCAAGGUUGCAAGAAUCAGUGCAGACAUGGCUUGUAGAAUGGUCUUGGGAAAGAAGUACAUGGACCAGGACUUGGAUGAGAAGGGGUUUAAGGCUGUGGUGCAAGAGGUAAUGCACUUACUAGCAACUCCUAACAUAGGUGAUUACAUUCCUUACAUUGGUAAACUUGACCUUCAAGGGCUAAUCAAGCGUAUGAAGGCGGUUCGCAAAAUCUUUGAUGAAUUCUUUGACAAAAUUAUUGAUGAGCAUAUUCAAUCAGACAAGGGACAAGACAAUAAGGUGAAGGAUUUUGUGGAUGUCAUGUUGGGCUUUGUUGGUAGCGAGGAAUAUGAAUACCGUAUUGAACGGCCCAAUAUCAAAGCUAUAUUGCUGGAUAUGCUGUUGGGUUCAAUGGAUACUUCGGCUACAGUAAUUGAGUGGACACUUUCAGAGCUCCUAAAGAAUCCACGGGUGAUGAAGAAAGUCCAAAUGGAGUUGGAAACUGUGGUGGGUAUGCAGAGGAAGGUGAAGGAAUCAGACUUGGACAAGUUGGAGUAUUUGGAUAUGGUUAUAAAGGAAAACAUGAGGCUCCAUCCAGUGGCACCGUUACUAAUACCACACCAAUCGAGGGAAGAUUGCAUGGUUGGAGAUUUUUUCAUACCAAGAAAAUCAAGAGUGGUAAUAAAUGCAUGGGCAAUUAUGAGAGACUCAAGUGUAUGGAGUGAGGCAGAGAAGUUCUGGCCAGAGAGAUUUGAAGGAAGCAACAUAGAUGUGAGAGGGCAUGACUUCCAGUUUAUACCAUUCGGGUCUGGCAGAAGGGCCUGUCCAGGAAUGCAAAUGGGUCUAACAAUGGUUCGACUAACAGUGGCACAACUUGUGCAUUGUUUUCAUUGGAAACUGCCGAGUGACAUGUUGCCAGAUCACUUGGACAUGACAGAAGAGUUCGGCCUCACUAUGCCAAGGGCCAAUCAUCUACUUGCCGUUCCAACUUAUCGGCUUCACACUGCAAGUGAUUAGGAGAAAGAAAAAAGGUGGUAGCAACAUUGUAUGUUAUGUUUGCUGGGGUGGAUUUGGAUAAGAUUCACAAGAAAAUAAACUACACCUUCCCUUUUUUUUUUUUUUUUUCUGAAAUAAGCUCAUUUCAUUUGUGUGUAACUAAAAUCUUGAAUACAAGGUGAUAUGUACUAAAAAAAUAUGGUGACUAACAUAGAAUUGCGGCUACCUAACUAGAAAGGUGAGCAACUCAA